UAGCCGUGUUGGUGUGUGGCUUUUCUUCAAACGGGAAAAUCCUUAGCUACACAGAGAGGUUUGUGGACCAACAUGUAGCUUUUUUUUUAUAAUAAGACCACCACCGAAAUGACGAGGAGGGCUCCGUUAUCGCCGUUUACUUUACCGUAAAUACACGACGCUUUUCUCCGGACGUACCUGAUGGAGCGAGCGGUGAGGCCGGCCGAGGCCGGAGGGAGCUCAUCCUCAGUCGGGGCCGCUGUGGCGGAGGACACGGAGACCGUCAUUGGAGUCGGAUACGGGAUAGAAGAUACUGCUGCUAAGAAGACCUGCAUAACUGAGAUGCCGUCCUCGUCCUGCCACCCAGGCUCCGGCCCUGAGAAGAAGAUUGGCCACAGGAGGGUGGAUGCCUCGGGGGAGACCACGUACAAAAAGACGACCUCCUCAGCCCUGAGAGGCGCGAUCCAGCUGGGCAUCGGCUACACGGUGGGCAACCUGAGCUCCAAACCCGAGAGAGAUGUGCUCAUGCAGGACUUCUACGUGGUGGAGAGCAUCUUCUUUCCAAGCGAGGGCAGCAAUCUGACUCCAGCGCACCACUUCCCAGACUUCAGGUUUAAAACCUACGCCCCCGUGGCGUUCCGCUAUUUCCGAGAACUCUUCGGGAUUCGACCCGAUGACUACCUGUACUCUUUAUGUAAUGAGCCCCUGAUCGAGCUCUCAAACCCCGGAGCUAGUGGAUCGAUCUUCUACGUUACCCGUGACGACGAGUUCAUCAUCAAAACUGUACAGCAUAAAGAGGCGGAGUUUCUGCAGAAACUGCUUCCUGGGUACUAUAUGAACCUGAACCAGAACCCUCGGACACUUCUUCCCAAAUUUUUUGGCCUGUACUGCAUCCAAUCUGGAGGGAAGAACAUCCGGAUUGUGGUAAUGAACAACGUUCUGCCACGCGUCUUCCGCAUGCACCUGAAGUUUGACUUGAAGGGCUCCACGUACAAGCGCAGAGCAUCCAAGAAGGAGCGAGAGAAAUCCAAGCCCACCUUUAAAGACCUGGACUUUAUGCAAGACGUGCCUGAUGGGUUACUGCUGGACACGGACACUUACAACGCCCUGGUCAAGACCCUGCAGAGGGACUGCCUGGUGUUAGAAAGCUUUAAGAUCAUGGACUACAGCCUGCUCCUGGGUGUCCACAAUAUGGACCAGGCUGAGCGUGAGCAGCAGACAGAGGGUUCUCAGAGCAGCAGUGAUGAGAAGAAGCCUGCGGCCCAGCGAGCACUUUACUCCACAGCAAUGGAGUCCAUUCAGGGAGGAGCUACCUGCAGAGACUCCAUUGACACAGAGGACACAAUGGGGGGAAUCCCGGCAGUGAGUGGGAAAGGCGAGCGGCUGCUGCUCUUUAUUGGCAUUAUAGACAUUCUGCAGUCUUACAGGCUUAUUAAGAAGCUGGAGCACACAUGGAAAGCACUAGUCCAUGAUGGAGACACCGUAUCAGUGCACAGGCCAAACUUCUAUGCUGAUCGGUUCUACAAGUUCAUGAGUUCUACAGUAUUCAAGAAGAGUUCCUCACUGAAGUCCUCUCCCUCGAAGAAGAGCCGCAGUGCACUGACAGUGCCCAAGCAUAGCGGGCCUGGGGCAGCCUGGUCAGCCAGUCAACUCCCCUCAGAGAGAGACCACCAUGUCUACGACCUGAGAGGAGCACGCAGCUUUCCUGUGCUUGAGAACGACGGUCUGCAGCCAUGUACUCCUCCGUCAUUUGAGGAGGCCACCACAGCCUCGGUUGCCACCACGCUGUCAUCCAACACGUCCAUAUCGAUCCCAGAGCGAUCCCCCUCUGACACAGCGGAGCAUCCUCGUUACAGGAGGCAAACCAUGACUCUAAAAGACACCAAUGGAAGGAUGGUUGAUGUCCAUGAGGAGGACCAGCAGACUAUCACAGUGCAGGUGGAGGUUAAGAGAGAGACAGAAGAUGACGAGGAGAAAGAAGAGACCGUGAUAGAGGAAAAAGCAGAGAAGGAGUGUGUGAUCUCCUGUACACCACCUCCUACAGAGAGCAGUGUGCCCGGGGAAGCCGAUGUCCUCUCCCUGCCAGAAAUCAGAGAGACUGAGAUUCUGGACGACAUCAUUCCAGAAAUAGUCGACCAUUCACAGACAGCAGAUCUCCAUCCACAUGCGUCACCACAGGCAACCGUCUCUCUUGAGGAUGUCGCCCUGGAAACAGGCACCAAGACAGAAGCAUCAGCGGCCCCGGAGUCAGGAGCUCCGGAUACACAGGCUCUGAGCUCCACGCUCGGCAGUCAGCAAUCCGAGUGCCUCGGCCAGGCACCUACGAUCAACGAGGUUGUGCCAGUCACCGAUAUCUAUUUUUAAACUGUAUGCAGUGUGAUAGGUGUUGGUUGAACUCGGAGCUCUUCUCUUCUUUCGUCAGCCACGCCCACGAGCCCUGCAGAAGAGCUCCUGCUUUGCCAAGCAUCAUGGGAAAAAAUAGUCUGGAACUUUUCAGAACUAAAAGAAACAAAGAAUAUCAUCAGCCAGUUGAUGUUCUGUCCUUUCCCAAGUCUCCUUCUCGUCCUAAAACAGAUCGAAGAAGGAUUUCCUGAUUCCUGUGAUGUCCAUAUCUGACUCUAUGCUCUGAGCAUUCGCAUUAUCCAAACCUGACCAGUAAGCACUCUUCCACCACGUCUCAGUGAUGUUCGUCGUCACACAAUCUUUCUAUCUUUCAAUGUUUUUACCUGCUGUUUUAUUUAUUUUUAAUUUUUUUUACGUUCCAUCCAUCCCCUAAACCCUUCAUACCAGUUUGCUUUUAGUUUGUCCGUAAUUAUUGGUGAAAACUGAACUCCAGCUUAUUUCUCCGUGACGCUGUGCUGUAGGAAUCCCCCGGUUUGGGGACGGACGCUGCUCUUUCAUGUCUUCUAUAACAUAUCAGUGGCCGUGGCUCAGACACCGCGACUGAGACACAGCCACGGCUGGAAGGACCUUCUUUCAGGGUUCGAUAUUUCAUUUAGAGCAUAUCAAAAGAGUGCUGGUGCGAAGUACGGUGUCCCAGAAAAACAUCAGUAUUCCCAACACGCACCACUACUGUAGAAGUUCACUUCCCUGAUGUAGAAGUGAAUAUGAAAAGUGUCACGUUUUUAUGUUUGGUUUUUGUCUUUUAUAUGAUUUAGGAACUGUACGGUAGAUGUCAUUUUGCAUCUUAGCUGUUUUUAAUUUUAUAAUAGAUUUGGGUUACAUUUGGUCAUGUCUGUUGAGUCCUACUGUUGGAAACAGUACAAAUAUAGUUUACGAAAUCAUUUUUAAUUCCUGAACUUUUAUUUAAAGCGAUAAUCUCAGAUAAUCAUGGUCUUACUGCCAUGAAACUGUGUGUGUGGGAGGGUGUGCACGCCCACAAGUGUGUGUUGGAGUUAUAAUACUCAAUACUGUGGUCACAAAAUAUUAAAAUGUAUUAAAAUUGCAUUCUACAGCUAUAUAACUCUCUCUCUCUAAUAUAUAUAUGAGUGAUUCCACGCUUAUGGGUACUGAA